CUGUCACAUUCUCUCUUUUCUCCCAACAACCAAGAUCUCCUUAAGAACCAGCUUACUAGGUAGGAGAUGGAGAUAUCGAUAGGGUUUUAUUGCUGCAUAAAUUGCAAACUAUUAACACCUUUCGUCUUACCGUUGAGAUUGGCUGUGACAAAGAUGAUCUAGUUGGGAAAUGGGUUACCUUUGCAGUUGAGCGGAGUGUGCAGAAUAUCGAUAUUUGUCUCGAUUAUCACGCUCAUUUGCCUCCCGGCCUCUUCACCUGCAAAACCCUAGUUGAUUUCAGCAUCGAAUCUUUCGGUGCAAUCCCCAUCGUAGGGAAUGUCAUGUGCUUGCCCCGCCUUAAGAGGCUGCAUCUAAUGUAUGUCAAAUACGAGGGCAACGAAUCCCUUCCACACCUUCUCUCCGGCUGUCCAGCGCUCGAGGAGUUGCUAAUCCACUCAAACACCGAUUACGAAUCUUUUAAUAUAUCUUCUCCCACAAUUAAAAGGCUCUUCGUCCAUCUUCAUUAUAACGGUGAGGAUUCUGACAACGAAGAAUACUGCUGCAACUACAAGUUGGAGAUUAAAACCCCCGCCCUUGUUUAUCUCCAUUUGGCUGAUGACUCAGCCAAACAUAUCGAAUGUGGGGCGCUAAACUCCUUAAUUGAAGCAGAUAUCGAUAUUAAGGCUUAUAUCAAUGAUUUUAUUUAUGCUCGAUCUGUGGUGAAAUUAUUUGAUAGGCUCCGUAACGUCAAGUGCCUAAAAUUACAAUUAUCAUGUUAUACAAAGGUGUGCAUUAAAUCAUUUUUCAGCUUAAUGAAUAUUUGUUUAGUCAUGGUAAUCUUAUAUUGUGUCUUUCCAGACUAUCCAAUCAGCAUUCUCUGAGCGGACAAUAAGUUUUCGUAACUUAGUCAAACUCGAGUUGGCUAGUGAUUGCCCUUUUCUUUUGAAGUUCCUUGAAGAUGCUGAUAAUCUUGAAAUCCUUAUUCUACACGAGGUUUGUUGAGGCAA